UAAUAUCAGCACUUGGUAUCUCAUAUGGCAGGAACAGGGGAAAUCUUUUGUUCACUGGCAAUUGAUAGAUUAUUAUUCCCUUUAAAAUCUCUUGUUUCCAGCCAUCUUUUCAGCCGUAAAAGUAGUUUUUCUUCUUCUUCUUCUUUAGGCAAGAGAAGAUUAAUAAUGCGAGCAAGGAAAGUGCUGGCAACCCCCAUGGCAGCUUUGAUUGAGGCUGAAUCGGUCAAAGCUCUAGCAGAAAUUCCAGUGCAACUGAUCAAGGUGACAGCUCUGGUGACAGUCAAGUAUGACAUCAAGGAAAACAUGAAGGGUUUUAUGUUUCGUUGGUUAGAUUCUGAUCAAGGUAGCAUAAGUAAAAAGUCUGUCAUUCUUCAGCUUGUUAGCACGGAAAUUGAUCUAAUUACCCGAAGGCCAAAGACGAGCAAGGAAGCUAUAAUAAAUUGGUCCAGAACCCUGAAACAAGAUUCUGAUAAAUUUAGUCGUCACAAAGUUCAAUUUCUGGUGGAUGCAAACUUUGGGGUACCAGGAGCCAUCAUCGUGACUAACAAUUGUCACAAGGAGUUCUAUCUGGAAACCAUCGCCGUUGAAGGACUUGUCCAUUUUGCUUGCAACUCUUGGGUUCAACCACAUAAGCUCCAAGCAGAGAAAAGGGUGUUCUUUUCUGACAAGGCAUACUUACCUGGUGAAACACCGGUGGGACUGAAAGAGCUAAGAGAAAAGGAACUAAAGCAAUUAAGGGGCAAUGGAGAGGGUGUCAGGACAUUUUCAGAUAGAAUAUAUGACUACGAUGUUUACCAUGAUUUAGGACAUCCUGAUCAAGGUAUUGAAUAUGUAAGGCUAAUUUUAGGUGGCGAAAAUUGUCCUUAUCCACGACGGUGUAGGACUGGACGCCCUCCAACAAAUACAGAUGUCAAUGCAGAGUCCCCUGUAAGCGAGAUGGUACCGAUGUAUGUGCCAAGAGAUGAAGCAUAUGAGGAAUUGAAGAGAGAAACAAUCGCAGCAGGAAAGAGGAAGGGAAUGCUUAAUAACUUGGUUCCAUGGCUAAAAGAUGUUUCAACUGAUAAUGAUGCUAUUAAAACGUUCUCCGAAAUCUUUGAUCUCUAUAAAGAAAGCCCUUUCCUUGAAAUCAAGUUACAUAAACAAAAUGGAUUUAGGGAGAAACUUCAAUUUCCAAUAAUGAUUAAUAAGAUGAUCAAAGAAUCUAGUGGAAACAUUUUCAAGUUCGAUCCUCCAAACAUCAUCUCCAGGGAUUCAUCAUGUUGUGUACGAGAUGAUGAAUUGGGUCGUUUGACACUUGCCGGGAUGAACCCCUUAAGCAUAGAAAGGCUAAAGACUUUUCCGCCCGUUAGCAAUCUGGAUCCCUCCAUCUACGGUCCAAAACAGUCAGCAAUAAGAGAAGAACACAUCACAUGCCACCUUAAUGGGAUGUCCGUACAACAGGCACUAGAAGAGAAAAAGUUGUUCAUACUCGACUACCAUGAUGUGUACCUUCCAUAUCUUAACCGCAUAAAUGCUCAUGAAGAUCGAAAAGCCUUUGCAACUCGAACUAUUUUCCUCUUGACACAAAUGGGAACUUUGAAGCCAAUUGCUAUUGAGCUCAGCCUACCACCCACAAAUCCAAAUUCACCUCCAAAGCAGGUUCUCACCCCUCCAUCUGAUGCCACUAGCAGCUGGUUGUGGCAACUUGGUAAAGCCCAUGUCUGCUCAAAUGAUGUCGGCUGUCAUCAACUCAUUCAUCAUUGGCUGAGAAUUCAUGCAUGUAUGGAACCAUUUAUCAUAGCAGCGCAUCGACAACUAAGCAUAAUGCAUCCAAUUUACAAGCUUCUUCAUCCUCACAUGCGAUACACAUUGGCAACAAAUGCACAGGCUCGCGAGGAUCUCAUCAAUGCUGGAGGAAUAAUCGAGUCCUUCUUCUCCACAGCAGAAUGUUCUAUGGAGAUUACUGCUUCAGCUUAUCAAAAUUGGUGGCGCUUUGACAUGGAAAGCCUCCCUGCAGACCUCAUCAGAAGAGGGAUUGCAGUGCCAGAUCAAACCCAGCCACAUGGACUUAAACUACUUAUUGAAGACUACCCAUAUGCCAAUGAUGGGUUGCUCAUAUGGUCUGCCAUUGAGGAACUUGUUCAAACUUAUGUGAACUACUACUACCGUGAGGAAAUUAGUAUUCAAUCAGACUCAGAACUCAACGCUUGGUAUUAUGAAUCAAUCAAUUUAGGCCAUCCUGAUAUCUGUCAUGCGAGCUGGUGGCCUAAACUCUCAACUCCAGAUGAUCUUGUCUCCAUACUCACCAUCAUAAUCUGGGUUGCAUCAGCAAAACACGCCGCUCUGAACUUCGGGCAGUAUCAUUAUGGUGGAUAUGUCCCAGUGCGUCCACCACACAUGCGACGACUAGUGCCAAAUGAGAAUGAUCCGGAGUAUGCGACUUUCCUUGCAGAUCCAGAGGGGUAUUUCCUGUCAUCAUUGCCAAGUUUGCGAGAAACAACAUAUUUCAUGUCUGUUCUUGACAUAGUCUCGACACAUUCAGCUGAUGAAGAGUAUUUAGGAGAUAGAAAAGACCUUUCAACUUGGAGAGGAGACCCUGAAAUAAUUGAGGCCUUCUACAAAUUUUCAAUGGAGAUGAGAAGGAUAGAAAAAGAGAUAGAAAGAAGAAAUGCUGAUCCAAAUCUUAGAAAUAGAUGUGGGGCCGGGGUUUCACCAUAUGAGCUGCUCAUUCCAUCCUCAGGACCAGGAGUUACUAGCAAAGGAGUGCCUAACAGUAUAACAACGUGAAGGGGAAGCUCCAUGAUUAAUCUUUGAAAUUGUUGACAAUAAAAGACAAUUUAAGGGAACAUGUCAUAUCAAUGAAUGUAUAUGCAAGUAGAAAGUUACUGGCUUGAAUCAGUAUUAUAUUU